AUGACUGGCUCUCUUUCAGACCCUCCUAGCGGCCUCAUCGGAGGGUACCAAGAUGGGAGUUUCGCCAUCCAAAUUCUUAUCGUGGUAUUCAGUUCUAUUGCCAUGUACAAUGCUAUUGAGCUCGUUGUUAUGAUUUGUGUUACUUUUAAGCAUCACCGCAGUUUGUACUUUUGGGCCUUGCUGCUCUCAUUAGUACUUGGAGUUCUUCCCCAUUCCGUCGGCUAUCUCUUGGAAUUCUUCGCCAAAGGGCCAAUAUGGCUAGCUGUCGCUGUCUCCACGGUGGGCUUCUAUUUUAUGGUCCCAGGGCAGUCGGUCGUGCUCUAUUCCCGCCUCCACCUGGUUGUACCAAACCGCAAGUUCUUACGUUCUAUCGCAUACCUUAUUACGAUUAACGCUAUCGUACUUACCAUUCCGACAACAGUGCUCACGUAUGCUACGAUCUAUGUACGAAAAGGAACGGUGAUCACGGGUUAUAACAUUAUGGAAAGGCUGCAGCUGUCUUGGUUUUGUGCGCAAGAAAUCCUGUUAUCUGGGAUCUAUAUCUACGAAACAGCAAGAAUCCUACAGACGUGGCCGGGCAAAGAUCCAAAGCGCAUCCGGACCCUAUACAAUUUGAUAACAGUCAACAUUGCCAUCAUAUGUUUGGAUGUUGCGCUUCUCUCUUUAGAGUAUCUCAAUUUCUAUAUCCUUCAAACAACACUCAAACCCACGGUGUACAGCAUUAAAUUAAAAUUGGAAUUUGGCAUCCUGAGAAAGCUGGUUACUCUUGUCAAACCUGGACGCAACGAAUCCAACAUUUGCAGCCCCAGAAAAAUCCCAAGUUGCGUGGAUUCGAGCAAAAUCGCGGGCGAUAACACUCAUGCAGUCACGAUCCCUGUGAGGUCCUAUGCCAGGUGCCACGAGGGCUGUAAUUGGUCCAAUAUGGAGGGUAGAAUUAGCUUUUCUGACUCCACAGGAUCACUGGCGAUUGUUGAUAUAGAAUCCAAAUUGGGCCAAGACAGAAGCAUGAAAGAUACUAUAUCCUCAGAAGAGGUGCUUGCGCCAAAUUCAUGA